GACUGGAGAAGCCAACAGGUAAAAAUUGGAUUGUUUAGAGAGGUUGAUGCAUUCAAAUCAAUCUCAGACACAAUGUACACACACACACACACACAUAGACACGCACUCAGAGGCACACACCUAAAAGUUGAGAGCUUCCGGGAAGUAGCCUCAGAGGAACACACUUGCUAGUGACAGUCGACUGACAGUAGCUAUUCAGAAGUGAAUGGUGUGUGUAGGCAGCCAGACCUCCCCAGAGUAAAUCUCUCUGCACCACCAUGAUCAACAUGUACCAGACCAACCUGCCUCCACCACCGAUCCCCCCCCGGCUAGGCUCUGUCAAGUCAGCACCAGGAGCGGGCCACAACAAACCUCUCCUCGGGUUCCUCAUUGGUAUGAUAGUGCUCCAAAUGCUGCUACUACUGGGGGGAUUCACCUACCUGUACCACAAGGAAAACAAGUAUGACGAGGACUUUGAACACAAGUACCUGGAUGACAUGAUCGUCCUGAGGAGACUUGGGGAGUGUGAGAAAGACAGCCAGUCAGUACUCGACUGUGAGAAGCUUGUGGAGAAAUACAAAAACAUAAUGGAAAAGGUCUCACAAGUUGAAGGAAAAGCUGUCAAACGCACUGGGGGUGUGCCCUCGUAUGGAGCCAUGGCACGCAUGAUAGUCAAGCAACCUGUCGUUGGUGCACUCCCUUCAUCGAAGUAUCUGGAGUGGAACAUAGGCCACUCAGUGCUGAGGAACGUCCAGUACUUCAAGUCCAGCUGGUUGAAGGUUCUGCAGCCUGGAGACUACGACAUUUACUCCCAGGUGGCCUUCUCCAAAUGGCACCCCAAAACCCCUCUGGCGAGCCGGGUGAAGCUGAGGAAGGGGGAGACAGGAAAGGAGAAGAACCUGAUGACAGCCUACUGCAGCCUGGGGGACCAGAACCGGACAGACGUGUGUACAGCCUUCCAGGGAGGAGUGUUCAGUCUGGAGCCUGAAGACCAGAUCUCUGUGUGGGUGACGGACCCCAGCCUGGUCAACUAUGAGGAGGGGACGACCACCUUUGGAUUAUUUAAGCUGUAGGCUAGACUUUGCCUAUAGUAUGGAGAGGAUGGACUGUAUUACUUUGGAUUAUUACUGUAUUGGAGUGAUGGGUGGAAUCAAGGCCCUGCGUGCUGUUGGAUUUGGUACAGGACUGAUAACAGAUCUGCUCAUGGACUACACCAAUUUGAACAUCUUUCUAAAAAGGCCUCGGUGAAAGGAAUCCCUGGAACUUAUUGCUGUUGAUUGGAUAACCUGCUCUCCCUGCCCCCACAAUGUUAGAUAUUAAUAUUAAUUUCUAAGAAUAUGGCAAUGACUGUGUAUUUAUUGUGACGGAUGGUGUCUGUAUAGUUAAUAAAUUAUUAUAUUUUAAUAAAAAAUGUGCUUGA